AAUGAAACGACACCUCCCAGCGCCCUGAGAGUGGCAGAUCCCUGCCUUGACUUCACUCCGUUCGCCCAGCCCGAAAGCCCCAGGUGCUGAACGCGCGAGGGGCUUCGGACAUGGGUUCCUGUGUGUACCGCUGGGUGCUACAGCCGCCGCCGCCACUUUUAGGACUCCUGCUCUUCUGCUGCAGUCUAUUCUUCUCAGGACUGGCCCAAGAAUGCCCGGCUCCUUGCCGCUGUCUGGGGGAACGACUGGAUUGCAGCCGCCUCAGACUGAGAGAACUCCCCGUGCUGUUUCCCAGCAGGACGGUACAGCUUGAUCUAAGCCAUAAUAGUUUGUCUUCAAUCAACUCUAGUUCUUUGAGUCAUCUUUAUAAUCUGCGAGAAAUAAAACUGAACAACAAUGAAUUGGAAGCUAUUCCAAAUCUGGGACCUAUUUCAGUAAACAUUACUUUCCUUUCUCUGAUAAAUAACAAGAUCAUGAACAUUCUUCCUGAAGAACUGAAACUAUUUCAAUCCCUCGAAACUUUAGAUCUCAGCAACAACAAUAUUUCUGUGCUUGAGAUGGGGUCAUUUCCUCCACUGGUGCUCAAGAAACUCCACAUUAGCAACAAUCGGAUAGUUUCACUGGAACCAGGCAUUUUUGACAACUUGGCUAAUAAACUUCAAGUCUUGAAGCUGAACAAAAACCGCAUUUCAACCAUUCCACAGAAGAUGUUUAAACUUCCCCAUCUCCAACAUCUAGAGAUGAGCCGUAACAGAAUUAAAAAAAUAGAUGGACUUACUUUUCAAGGACUGCCUUCUUUGAAAUCAUUAAAAAUACAGAAAAAUGGGCUUGUUUGGCUCAUGGAUGGAGCUUUUUGGGGAUUAAGUAACAUGGAAAUUCUGCAGCUGGAUUAUAACAACCUAACAGAGAUUUCCAAAGGCUGGCUUUAUGGCUUGUUGAUGUUAGAGCAGCUUCAUCUUAGCCAAAAUGCAAUCAACAGGAUCAGACCUGAUGCCUGGGAGUUUUGCCAAAAACUCAGAGAGCUUGAUUUAACUUACAAUAAUUUAGCAAAACUAGAAGAUUCAAAUUUUGUUGGUUUAAGCCUACUGGUAAGGCUAGCUAUCGGGAACAACAAAGUCAGCUACAUUGCAGAUUGUGCCUUCCGGGGACUAUCCAGUUUACAAACUCUAGACCUUAAAAAUAAUGAAAUCUCAUGGACAAUUGAAGAUAUGAAUGGUGCUUUCUCUGGACUUCACAAACUUAAAUGGCUGCUACUCCAAGGGAACAGAAUUAGAUCUAUUACUAAGAAAGCAUUUUCUGGUCUGGAUGCACUUGAACACCUAGAUCUAAGUAAUAAUGCAAUCAUGUCAAUUCAAGGAAACACAUUUUUACAAAUGAAGAAUCUUAAAGAAUUAUAUAUAAACACAUCAAGCCUUUUGUGCGAUUGCCAGCUGAAAUGGCUACCUGAGUGGCUAAUAGACAAUAAAUUCCAGAGUUUUGUAAAUGCCACGUGUGCCCAUCCUCAGGCAUUAAAAGGAAGAAAUGUUUUUGCUGUCAGCCUAGAAGGUUUUGUAUGUGAUGAUUUUCCAAAGCCACAGAUAACUGUCCAACCUGAAACUCAAUCAGCAAUCAAAGGCUCCAAUUUAAGUUUUAUAUGUUCAGCAGCCAGCAGCAGUGAUUCUCCGAUGACUUUCGCAUGGAAAAAGGAUAAUGAAUUAAUAGGUGAUGCUGAAAUGGAGAAUUAUGCCCACCUUAGGGCACAAGGUGGUGAAGUGAUGGAGUACACCACCAUCCUUAGACUGCGCAAUGUUGAAUUCAGUAAUGAAGGAAAAUACCAGUGUGUUAUAUCCAAUCACUUUGGCUCAUCGUAUUCUGUCAAGGCUAAACUUACAGUGAACAUACUUCCAUUGUUUACCAAGAUGCCCAUGGAUCUUACAAUCCGUGCAGGGGCAACAGCACGGCUAGAGUGUGCUGCUGUUGGUCAUCCCAUGCCCCAGAUUGCUUGGCAGAAAGAUGGUGGUACUGACUUCCCUGCAGCACGCAAGAGACGCAUGCAUGUGAUGCCUGAGGAUGAUGUGUUUUUUAUUGUGGAUGUCAAAAUUGAGGAUACAGGUCUUUACAGCUGCACAGCUCAGAAUAUUGCAGGCAGUAUUUCUGCAAAUGCGACAUUAACAAUAUUAGAAACACCCUCCUUUUUGAGGCCCUUGCUGGAUCGAACUGUGAUGAAAGGUGAAACAGCAGUCUUGCAGUGUAUUGCUGGGGGCAGCCCAUCUCCUCGGCUGAAUUGGACCAAAGAUGAUGGCACUUUAGCAGUGACAGAAAAGCAUUUCUUUGCUGCGGGAAAUCAGUUGCUUAUUAUUGUGGACACAGACUUUGAAGAUGCUGGGAAAUACACAUGUGAAAUGUCUAACACACUUGGAACCGAGAGAGGCAACAUUCGCCUGAGUGUGAUUCCUACUCCUACCUGUGAUUCUCCUCAAAAUGCUGCCCUGUCUCUCGAUGAUGGAUGGGCUACUGUGGGAGUAGUGAUCAUAGCUGUGGUGUGCUGUGUGGUUGGCACAUCCCUUGUGUGGGUGGUCAUCAUAUACCACACGAGAAGGAGAAAUGAAGAUUGCAGUGUCACAAACACGGAUGAGACAAACUUACCUGCAGAUAUUCCAAGCUAUCUGUCAUCCCAAGGAACUUUAGCUGAAAGACAAGAUGGAUAUGGGUCAUCAGAGAAUGGAAGCCAGCAUCAUUUUGUACAGACAUCCCCCAUGGGUGGAUAUUUCUUUCAACAGAGACAAAGCAACGGAUGUUGUCAUACAGAUAGCUGUAGUGAAAAUGACUUGGAAGCUGUAACGGAUCCAUUCUUAUGCCAUUACCUGGGAACUUCAGGAAGCCUGCACUUAAAAGAAAAUUUAUGUAGCCCAGAAAUGUUUGAAACAUACCAUACAGGCAGCAAUUCAGAGCAAAGAAUAGCAUGCAUGGACCUUUAUGAUUCAAGCUGCUUAAAGAAAAAAGACUGCUACCCAUAUAUCCACUCACCUGAAGAUCCUUUUGACCGAAACCUCACUAUCUCCAGAAUACACAUGCCAAGUAAUAAGUUGAUUCCUUCUAUUUAUCCCCCAAGUGAGGAGAAUGGAAUAAGAAGUUCACAUCUAAAUGUAGACACGUGUGGAUUUAAGAGAAAUCAAGAACUGUCUUCUGUUACACCAAGCACCACUUUCAUGGGAACAUUUGGAAAAUCUAUAUGGAAGCCACAGCUUGAUUCUUUGCCAAGCUAUAAGCAGUCCUCAGUUUUGCAGCCAAAAGCCUCCCAACAUUAUUCUAAUGAAUCAUUGGAUUUUGACUCGGCGUCUGAAGGUAGUAAUAAAAUGGGUAGGACGUUUCCUGAAGUAGACAUUACCAAUUUUAUUUGUGGGCAAUCAGUUGAAAACUCUAGGACUCCUACUUUUCAAUCUUUUGACUUAGAUACAUAGUUUGCCAUCAGUGCCAACCCAAAAUCAGCUCAUGAACCAAAGAACUAUACUACCUCAAAGUGGACAUUAUUUAAAAAGAAACUUCUGGUUGUAUUUUAAAAGAGAUUUAUGAUUUUUAUACAGAUGCAGCUUUAUUUGCAAAAUGUAUUAUAUCAGGAAGAUUAUACAUUCCUUACAUUUUUUAUGUGUAUAGUUUUGUUUAACCAAAAUGUAUUUUUUGUAAAUUAAUGGUGUGAAUAAGAACUAUGCAUUUGUUACUGAGACAGACUUCACUUUAUUUAAAUGGGUGUUUUAAACUAAUACCAAUUCAUAUACUUUUGUGUGAUUUAAGAAACUGUUCAAAAUUAUGAAUGGUUAACAGAUUAAUAUCUGACAAUGUUUAUUAUGUUUUGUUGAUUUCUGCAUUAAAUAGCACUGGUAACAAGCACAUAAAAGCAAGAUCAUAUUCAAGGGAAUGAAGAAGCUGCAUCUUCUUUGCUAGUUUCAACUGCGCUAUGGUGCAUAACAUUGCCCAUGUCAGAAAAGAUGUUUUGGAUAUAUGCAAAAAUGCACUUGUAAACUUCCUAUACCCCAUAGACAUUCCAGUUCUAGUUAAUAUGUAUGAUCAGUAUGAAACUGAAUCCCAAAUUAUAAUGCAUCCAUUCCAGAAAUUCAAAUUGCAUUUCUAGGUUAUCUUUUAAUAGAUGAAAAUCCUGGUCACAUUUAGCUUUGUUUUGGCCCUGAAUCUGCCUAUCUUUAGGAAUAAUGCACUCUUGUUUUUCACAAGCCACUUAAAUAUUGCAUUCAGUACAACCCAGUGCUGUCUUUGUAAGUUUGAUCAUUGACAAGAGGUAUGAGGAAAAUAUCCAUUUGAGAUAUUGGACUGACCACCUGAUACCCCUAGAUUGUUGUAACCAGUAAAAUAAGACUUCUGGAUUGGUCCAUAUUCCUAUGCAUCCUUAUCCUAAGAUACUCAUUUAUUUCAGUUGCCUUCAUAUCUGUGAAGACAUAUGUAUGAAUUGGGCUGUAUAGAUGGAAAUGGUGUGUUAUCAAAUAUAAGACAGCAUCUGAUGUUAGGAAAGUCAUGCACUCUUAAGAAUUAAAUGUGUGCUCUGAGGGAGAAUAGAUCUCUCUGGAAAGGACAAUUGCUGGAAAGAUCGCUACUGCAUUUUGCAGAAAUUGUGGGUGGGUAUUUGUAUUUUUUUAAAAAAAACAUGACACACAGAGCCAUUUGAAUUAAAACUUCAAAUGGUGAUUAGAGUGUGGUUGGAUCAUCUUUUAGGACAUGACUGAUGAAACACAAUGGCUGGUGAAGUUUGUAGUUUUAAUGCCACUAUCCUACUACACUGCUUUGGUAAACAAGAGGAGACAUGAAAGAAACCAUAGUUUCACUGAUCUUGUACCUUCCAAAUCCAUGGUUAUAAUGAUGUUGAUAUUUUAAGUUAUUAUGGUACUGCUGAGUUUUCUGUAGCAUAAUCUAAUCCUGUUUGUGCUAAAGAAAAAGCACAGCAUUUCAAUACCAGAUUGACUUUUUUUCUCUUUAUUAGUGAUGACUAUUCUGUUCAUAAUAAUAGUUGAUUUACAAAGUACUAGGAAGCUAUAAUAUUUUGGUCCAGCCAUUUAUUUGAAAGCCUGAUAUCAGGAUUUAAAAAGUUGAUUUUCUUAUUAAUUUUUUAAAAGAAAAACGAAGCUGAAAUUUUGUUAUUUUGAUAAAUUUCAUUAAGAACAAUUCUCACUACAGAGAUUAAAAUUUUAGAUAUUGCUUUCAGGUGUUCUGAGUUCAUCAUACUGUGUCAUAAACUUCAUCAUGAAGUAUUUCUUCAAAAGGCUGAGCUUAUGUAUUUUUAAUUUAUUUUGCAUUAAUUGAACAAAUUUAGAUUAAUAUAAAAUGAUUUAGUUUUUAACUCAGAAAUUACUCAGUUCUCACAAAUUUAUUUCAAAAUUAAAGUGGAAAGUGCAUUGUCUUCCACGCUAACUUAAACUAGAACUGUAUCCUGUUUUCCCUUUCUCUCCCUUCCUUCACCUUCUCCCCUCAAGAAAACAAGGAUUAAGGCUUGUCUCUCUGGUUAGAAAUCAAAACGUAGUACUUUGGGGUAAUUAAGGAUAGAUUAAAGCAGUCGCAUCUUUUCCAUUGAUGCAAUAGUCUAGGCUCUUGAAAACUGUAAAUCCUCAUGUCAGCAAUGUGCUUGAGACCCAUGUAUGGCCCUAUGGGCUAAUAUUACAGGACUGCCUCCCCCACCCAACCCAUUCACUUUGGAAGUGCAAAUUUAUAUAGUUGUCAAGAUCUUUUCGAAGCAAAAUUGAAAGCAGCUGUUUACACAGAACUAUAUAAACCACGUAUUUCAGAUGCGGAAGAAAAGUUCCCCCAUUUGUACCGUCCCAUCUAGCAAUGUCAAAGAAGCCAGGUUUUCUUUUCUCUAUCAAGGAACCUGGUAUCCAUAUUGCAGUAUAAUUCCCUCUUUAAUUUAGCUUUGGAGACAGGAAGUUAAUCUAUCUCCAAAUACUGGUGGUCUCACUGUACAGAAUGGAUUUUUCAUGCUUUUGUUUAUCCAAUUGCCAGGUUUUCUGACUCUCCUUGUUAAUUUGUCUUCAUUGUUGCCAGAUGUAGUUAUGUGGUGGCAGACAUUCAUAUUGGCAUUUGGGGAUAAUUAAUGGUGUUUUGCAAGAAAUUAAUUUUUCUAGGGUUACAAAUAAAGCUCAGAGUCAAUAAUGCAAGAAAAUUUUUAAAUUAGUUUCUUCAUUAAAUCACCUUGACCUCUGAUUCUUCUGAGGUCAGCUAAAUUGGUAUUUAUACACAUCAAGCAUUUUGAAAAUAUCAGAUACAAAAUGAUAAAGUUCUUUUCAGAGGAGACAUAGCAAAUCGGCUAUUUUAAAUUUGGCCAUAUUCAGAUUUCAACUUUUAAGAAAUAACAUUUAAUAUGAAUGUGUUUAUUGUAUGAAUAUGUGUUUCUCUAUUCAAUCUCAAUUUUGUGGAUGG